AUGAGCCAGUCAAGCUCUCCACCGACUCUGUCCGCUCAAGGACCAUUAUAUGUAGCUGCCUCCAGUCUUGCAAAUGACACUUCUUCUCCGUCGGCCAUGUCGGGAGAGUAUGAAUAUGUUGACACCGUCAAUUCAAACCUAGUCUGCUGCAUAUGCUACGCUCCUUUCACGGCUCCAGUAUCGGCUUCAUGUGGCCAUACCUAUUGUAAAAGCUGCAUCACACAGUGUCUGGCUGCUACCCCCGAAGACUCGACUCCUUCCUGUCCAAUUGAUCGAAUCCCACUCACCACAAACGACCUACUCCCCGCCGUCAAAAUAGUCACAAACAUGGUCGACGAACUAGUCAUAUACUGUAUACACAAACGAACCGGAUGCCCCUGGACGGGUCAGAGACAACACCUAAACAUGCACUUGAACGAUGAGUGUUUGUGUGUCCGUGUGAAGUGUGAAUUGCCCGCUUGUGGCAAACUCGUCCUCCGCGGCGAUCUGGAAGCUCAUAUGAAGGAUUGUGAUUAUAGAACCGUAGAAUGCUCCCUCUGUAAAAAGUCGCUAUCUUGGAUUAAUCUCGAAUCCCAUCGGAACGAAUGUCCAGCUGAAGCUGCUACAUGUCCGUACUGUCAAAAGGAAUUGGGCAGACACGAGCUAGAAGCUCACUCUUCGUCGUGUCCAGAGAGACAAGUUCCCUGUCUGCAUGCUAGACAUGGAUGUAUAUGGCAGGGGAGAUACCAGGACAGAGACACUCAGCAUACCCUCAGCUGCCCAUAUGAAGCUAUAAAAGGCUUCCUUGUAUUACAGGAACAACGUAACGAAGAACUGGCUGACGAAAACAGAGAUCUAAAAGGUCAAGUAGCAUUGCUAAGGCAGGAACUAUCAGAGUUGAGAGAAGCUGCAGUAGGACCAGACCAUCUUCAACAGGCACUAGGUCCACCACCUAUACUAGAUCCACCAACUUUGGAACAUCUCAAUCAAAUCGUCGCAGAGAACGAAAUACUACGUAAUGACAUGGAAGCAAUGACACAAACUAUCGCUUCAGUAGAACUCAAUCAAAAUAUGGCUCUCUUAUCGGAAUCCAAUCGAUUGCGUGAAGAAAUGCAAUCUGUAAGAGCAAUGUGUCAAGCGGUACAGAUGCAACUGGUAUAUUCUCUUGAUCGACGUAAGGAUGGUGCUGGACCAAGUGCUGCUGCCAAUGUAAUAGGUGCUGUAGCUAAAGCCCUAGGACCAGUAGGUGGACCUUCACCGGUCGUAGUAGGUGCUGGUGGUGUUCAAAUACCGCUUGCCUCGCCAAGUCUAGAUGAGGCCAAACUAUCAGAUAUGGCCAUUGCCACUCCGCGUCAGAAAUGGGUUAGAUCAUCAUCUUCAGAUGAACGAUUGAAUACCAGUCCAACUGCUAGCCAGCAAAAUACAAUCACCAAGCUGUAA